AUGAAUCUCGCGCUGUCCGCGACGCUGCACAACGCCUCCGAGGGCGCGGCCGUGGGCUCGCCCUUCCUGCCGGCCAGCUUCUUCAACGCCACCUCCUGGUCUGCGGGGGCGGGCGCCAACGGCAGCGUCGCCGCCGCGCCCGACGUGGGCGACGUGCCGCAGGUGCCCGCCUACAUCCGCACCGCCUCCACCGUCGCCUGCGUCAUCAUCAUGAGCAUCGGCGUGGCGGGCAACGCCAUGGUGCCGGCCGUGAUCCUGCGCAGCCGCGACAUGCGCAACUCCACCAACAUCUUCCUGGUCAACCUCAGCGUCGCCGACCUGCUCGUGCUCCUCGUCUGCACGCCCACCGUCCUCGUCGAGGUCCACUCGCGCCCGGAAGUCUGGCUGCUCGGAGAGACCAUGUGCAAGGCGGUGCCGUUCGUGGAGCUGACGGUGGCGCACGCGUCGGUGCUGACCAUCCUGGCCAUCAGCUUCGAGCGCUACUACGCCAUCUGCGAGCCGCUGCGGGCCGGCUACGUGUGCACCAAGGCGCGCGCGCUGCUCAUCUGCCUGCUAGCCUGGGCCCUCGCCGCCCUCCUCACCAGCCCGAUGCUGGUGAUCGCGAAGGUCGAAUACCACGAGUACGCGGACGGGUCAGAGUUCGCGGCGUGCCUGAGCGAGGCGGCGACGGCGUGGCCGCGGCUGUUCUUCGCGGCGAGCGCGGCGCUCUUCUUCGCGCUCCCGCUGCUGCUGCUGCUGGUGCUGUACGGCCGCAUCGCGCGCCACCUCGUGGCCGCCACCGCCCCUGCCGGCAGCGCCGCCCCCGCCGAGCCGGGCCCGGCGCGCGCGCGCCGUCAGGUGGCGCUCAUGCUGGCCACCGUCGUGCUCUCCUUCUUCCUCUGCCUACUGCCCUUCCGCGCCUUCGCUCUCUGGGUGAUCUUCGCGAGCGACGAGGCCGUCUCCGGGCUCGGCCCCGAAGCUUACUUCAACCUGCUCUACUUCUGCCGCACCAUGCAUUACGUCAACUCGGCGAUGAACCCCAUCCUGUACAACCUGAUGUCGUCCAAGUUCCGCGCGGGGUUCGCGCGGCUGUGCGGCCUGGGGCGGCGGCGGCGGCUGGCGCUGCUGAGGGGCGGCAAAACAGUGCCACUAGUCUACAGCAAACCACAGCGCCAAAGCCGCGCGGGAUUAGCCAAGCGGUCCGGGGCGCUGCAGUCAUGGACUAGAACCAACUCUCCCGUUAUCCUGGUGGCGGAGUACGGCACGGAGGAGUACUUCGACGGCUCUAUGGUGCCCGUGUGUUUCUCCAUGGUGGACUCGUUCUGGCCGGCGUUCUUCUUCCUGGCGACCAUCGCCGUCUUCUUCCUGGUUCCGCUCAUCAUCCUGGUAGUACUGUACGGCGUCAUCGCGCGGCACCUCAUGGCCAACCCGCGCAUCAUGUCCGUGCAUCAGCAGCUGCACUACAGGUACCGCAAGCAGGUGGUGCUGAUGCUGGGCACCGUGGUGGCGGCGUUCUUCGUGUGCCUGCUGCCGUUCCGCGCCUUCACCGUCUGGAUCAUCGCCGCUCCGCCGGAGACGGUGGUCUCUAUCGGCUACGAGAACCACUACGGGCUGCUGUGCCUGUGCCGCGUGAUGCACUACCUCAACUCGGCGGUGAACCCCAUCCUGUACAACCUGAUGUCGUCCAAGUUCCGCGACGGCUUCUCGCGGCUGUGCUGCCGCUGCGGCUGUGCCGGUGGUCCGCUGGGCCGGCGAGGCACCGGCCUGUCCUCCAGCGCGACCGCCACCACUGUGCGCUCCUCGGCGGGUGACUCGCUCUGGAGGCGGCCGGGCCGCGCCUCCUCCAGCUCCAGCCGCAGCCGCAGGGCCGAGCGCCGCCUGCUGCACCACAUCGCCAGGGAGUGCUCCGUCUCCGUCCACAACGGCGUCUGCGCCGUCAAGGCCGGCCGCGCCAAGGACGUCUCUUACCUGUGA